AAACAGAAAUAGAAAGAUACUGCCUGCAUCUGUAGAUUAGCUUUAGAUUCUUGAAGGCAAUCUUUCUUUUUUAUUUUAUUUUGUUUGUUUUACAGAAGAUUCAUGGCGGCAACGUCAGAUCGUACCCCUGGUAAAGGAGAUGGAAUUUGGUCUUAUUAUUAAGAUCUGGGAUCUGGGUCUUGUUAAUUGAAAGGAAUUAUUUCAAAAUUCUGCUCUUCUUUGUUAUAUUCAUUUUCCCCCUUCGAUUUGUAGGCUGUUUCCGAAAAUUGGAUUAAUUUUUGUGGUGUAUUUGACCUUUUGAUACUUUAAGAUUCAAAAUGGUAUUUACUCAAGCCAAGAAUAGCAGAAACAAGUAUUUCUACUGCAGGAAUCUGCAGAAAACAAGGGAAUAGUGUAGUAGAAGAAAAAGAGUUCUUCAAAAAUAAAAGAAGAAAAAAGAAAAUUGAGAGAAUGAGUUUUUUGUUAUUUAAUGAAUGCUCCUUACAAUGUUAGCCACUUCCAGCUUUGUGCCGUCUUUUUAGGAUCUCUGUGCAUAGUUUUCAAAAUAACCGUAGGUCUUUAGCCAAUCAACUUUACCAGAAAUGAACUAACUAAUUGACUUAUAUCAAAUACCCCAAUGUUGGAUUACCAGUCCUUGUCCUCAGGGAUUAAACCAAGGUAUUCAUAAAGGAUCUCCAUGUUGGAUUACCACAACGACUAUUUCCCCUUUUCACCAUCCUUCUAUCAAGUAUAUCUGUCGUUAUAGGUAAAUGUGCCUAAGUGGGCUGGCUGCCCCCUUACUUCUGAGUUAUGUACAGGACACGUGGGAUGGACUAAUUUAGAGAAUAGAGGUAAUUGCAGCCUGUAUUUCCACUUUACCAACCUUCUCCAACACUUGAAAGGUCUGCAAUAUCUAGCUGCUUUUACAUCAGGCAGCUUCUGUUUAGCUUAAGUGGUGUGCUGAAGGUGUGCUGGAGGUGGUAGGCUAUACACUGCCUCUUAAAGGCUAGUGUGGAUAGCUGGAUGAUCCAGUUAGGAGUGGUGCGUGUAUUGGUUGGCCUAGUAAAGUUUUGAGGAUAAAGCUUUGAGUUACCGAGGGUCAAUGAUUUAGAAUUGGAAGAGUUUUCUGGAGUUGGCAGUCAAGGUGGUAUUUGGUUUUAAAGAAGAGCAACGUGCUGAUCCUGAAAGCGUGAAGGAGCAGCCACUUUCAACAAAAAAUGAGAUGUCUGUUUCUCCUAACUCCUCCCAUGAUACUGCCCCAAUAGGUCAUCCGAGGGAUAGCACUGGUCAAUCUGGUUCAAGUGGAGAUCGUAAUGUCUACUCACCUACAAUAUAUGCCCCUCAGGCACAGUCUUUCUACUACAGAGGGUAUGACAAUGCCGCUGGUGAAUGGGAUGAGUAUCCACCAUAUGUAAAUGCUGAUGGACUAGAACUUGGAUCUAUGGGUGUCUACAAUGACAAUCCAUCGCUAGUCUUCCACCCUGGAUAUGGUUACAAUCCGCAAAUGCCAUAUGGACCAUAUUCCCCAGUCACUACACCUUUGCCUUCUGUAGGUGGUGAUGCACAGUUGUACUCUCCUCAGCAAUUCCCAUUCUCCGGGCCACCAUAUUAUCAGCAGUUAGUUCCUCCAAGUAUGCCUUAUAUUAGUUCACCUACUACAGUUUCACAACCAGAGCUAACCACCUUAGUUAGCAUUGACCAACAAGGUGAUAACAUGCUUUUUGGACCAAGGCCCAGUUAUAACACUCCAUUGGGUUCUUUCGGUAGAGGCAGUUUCCCCGGAAAUCAUGGUAACCUAGGAUUUAAUGAUUCACAGCAAGGUUUUGAUGGAUUGAGGUCUGGAGGACUUUGGUCAGAUUGGUCUAAGCCUUCUGACAGACAGAGAUCUUUGACUCCCAUAUCUCCAGCAGUAUCUCCCCAGCCAUUUGGGCCAAUUGGGCAGAAUGUUCCAAUGGCAUCUCAGCAGCAAAGGUUAUUUUAUCAGUUAGGAUCCGGUGUGACCUCCUAUAACAGAGGUUUCAUGCAAAGUGACCUCAACCAAGAUCCCCGUUUUGGAAGUGCAUCAAUUCCUAAUUCGGGUGCAAACAGUAGGGGCUGGCUAUCACUUGAUAGUAACAGACGGCGUGGAAGGGGCAGUGGUGUCCCCCUAUGUGGGUGUAACGGUGCUCUUGAUAUCCUUAGUGAGCAAAACCGAGGACCAAGGGCCUCAAAACCCAAGAAUCAAAUCACAGCUGAACAUAGUUCUUCCAUUGAUGAUAGUAAAAACAACAAAUCUUUAUCCAAGAUCCAUGAUGAGUCAUACAACAGGCCAGAUUUCUCAACUGAUUACAAGAAUGCUAAGUUCUUUAUAAUCAAGUCAUACAGUGAAGAUAAUGUUCACAAAAGUAUAAAAUAUGGUGUGUGGGCUAGCACACCUAAUGGUAACAAAAAGUUGGAUGCUGCAUAUCGUGAGGCCAAGGAGAACCAAGAUCCUUGCCCUGUCUUUCUCUUCUUUUCGGUAAAUGCUAGCGCUCAGUUCUGUGGGGUUGCUGAAAUGGUUGGACCUGUUGAUUUUGACAAGAGUGUUGAUUACUGGCAGCAAGAUAAAUGGAGCGGGCAGUUCCCUGUUAAAUGGCAUUUUAUCAAAGAUGUUCCAAACAGUCAGUUCCGUCACAUCAUACUGGAAAAUAAUGAUAAUAAGCCAGUAACUAACAGUAGAGACACUCAGGAGGUGAGACUGGAGCAAGGAAUUGAGAUGUUGAACAUCUUUAAAAGUUUUGAAACUGAUACAUCAAUCCUGGAUGAUUUUGACUUCUACGAGGACAGGCAGAAAGCAAUGCAGGAGCGUAAGGCUAGACAACAAGCUAGUCUCAUGUCUGUCGGGGUUGUAGGAGAAACUGAGCAUAGAAAUACAGUCUCUCUAUCCAACGACUUCAUGAAGCAGAUGUCAAAGAGCUUUGCUCAAGUUGUGUGCUUGGAUGAUGGCAAUAAAGAUGGCACCGCCAUUGAGAGAACAAGUUCUGCUUCUGAUGGUUCGAAAGUUGCAAGGGUUAAACUUGAAGAUGCUAUGACGGCAGCUGUCUCUUCUGGUCAGGCAAGUUAAGAAAUAAGCAUUCUGGGUAUUUCGGGCAGCCUUGCUUUACUGUAUGUGACACAAACUUCUUUUUUGCCUUUUUAUUUUAUUUUGUGAGAUGUUGGUGAAAUUCCUUUGGAGUGCAUUGGAAGUCGAACAAGGUCUAGUAUGGGGCUGAUGUGCUUCAUAUGUAAUAUUUGCCUGUAGUCAUCAGUUUUUGUUUUUGCUUUUCUUUGUUUCUUUAACAGUAGUCAUUAGUUUCUUCAUUCCUUGCAUUCUACCAUUGCUUUGCUCUUUCAGGUGAGUAUAAUAGUGAAGGUAAUGGGCUGAUUUCAUGCUUUGUAAAGUUCCCCCAUCUUUGCAGGUAGAUUAAUAAAAAAGAAUACAACAAUUGGUGUUGUGGAA